AUGAAUUCGUAUUUAGUAUAUUUCGAGGUUUUUGCUAACCCAUACUUUGAGAUAACAAUAAAUAGUGUUAAGAUAUCAUCAAUUGAGGUUGAUAUCACAGGUAGUGUAAUUUUCCAAUUUCUAAUAUUAGAGAAUUCAAAAUUUCAACAAACAAAAAAUCAUAAUCAAAAGGUGUCAAGUAAAAGCAAAUAUAAUAAUACGUUAAACAACAAUGAUCAGGUUGCUGAUGAAUCACUUACAGCAUUCAAUGAUUUAAAAUUAGGUAAAAAAUAUAAAUUCAUUAUUUAUACCCUUAAUGAUGCUAAAACAGAGAUUGUUGUUGAUGAAACUUCAACUGAUGGAGAUUAUGAUUCAUUUUUAGAAAAAUUACCAGAGAAUGAAUGUAAAUAUGCUGUAUAUGAUUUUGAAUAUGAAAUUGGAGGAGGAGAAGGUAAAAGAAGUAAGAUUGUAUUUUUUACAUGGUCUCCAGAUACUGCUCCAGUUAGAGCUAAAAUGGUUUAUGCAUCUUCUAAAGAUUCAUUAAGAAGAGCAUUAAAUGGAGUUGCUGCUGAUAUUCAAGGUACAGAUUUUUCAGAAGUUGCUUAUGAAUCAGUCUUAGAAAGAGUUAGUAGAGGUGCUGGAUCUCAUUAA